AGAGAGAGUCGCAACCGGAGAAAGAAAGAGGCGAUGGCUCUGAGGGCCGCAAUCCUGAGGCACAUAAGAGUCCCAGUUCUUCAAACCCUAGCCCCCGCGUCCACCGCUUCCAACUGGCAGAGAUGGAUCCGACCAAUGUCAUCUCACGGCGAUGAUCAUCUUCAAAAGGAAGAGGUUAUCGAGAGAGUCCUCUCCGUCGUCAAGAGCUUCCCCAAGGUCGAUCCUUCACAGGUGACUGCUGAUGUACAUUUUCAGAAAGACCUGGGCCUGGAUAGCUUGGACAAUGUGGAGAUUGUAAUGGCUCUUGAAGAGGAGUUCAAACUCGAAAUUCCAGACAAGGAAGCAGAUAAGAUUGACUCCUGUAAUCUUGCCAUUGAGUACAUCUAUAACCAUCCAAUGGCUGGUUAAUUAAUUGGAGCAAGUGGGGCUCUGCUAUUGAAUUUCAUGGUGAACAAUUGUCUGAUCAACCCUGUUUUUGUUUUGAGUUGUUGGAUGGUUGUAGAAAUUUAAUCCUUUUCAUAGGAUGGGAAAAAGAAUAAUCCGAAUCUGUUUGAUAAGAGUAAUAUUUGCAGAAGUAGCAUUUCAUGGCUUUGCUACUAACGAUUGCAAUUUCCUGUAUUUGCAAUGAAUUGCUUGGAUUCCAUGCUGUUA